CGGGCAUCAAAGCCUUUACGUCAAGCCAGGCAGGAAGAAGAAAGCAAAUCUGAUGGCACGAUAGCCGGAUCCUCUCAUCCCACCGAAACAAAUGCAAACCCGCUUCUCUCGCCCAUGGACGUACAAUCCAGUUUUACACGGAUUUCGUCGAGUGCACUGAAGCUGAGCUGAUCCUAUGGCAGACAUCAGCCCGCCCUGUACCGUCGCCAAACUGAUCCACUGUGAGAGAAAAUAAUUUGAUGAGAGUGAGUGAGAUGAAAAGCCAACAACGACCAUCAUUGCUCGCCUUAUCGGCGCUCCUGCUCUGCACAUUACACCAGACAGCUGGGUCCAGCAGAUCUCAACGCAGCAGCUCAACAUCAUCAAGAUUAUCAUCACCAACAACAACCGCAUCAGAGGUGAGAGGCAGGAAUAAUGUGGGGACACUCCAAAACUGGCUAAAAGAGAAUAACAUCAGCUCUAACUAUGGCAAUCACAGCCACAAAAGUAGGCCAUCGCCAAAGCUUGAAGAGGUAACAGGCCAUGUGAAAAGCUUCUCUUUCAACACCAGCAGAGGCAAUAUUACUACUGUGAUAUCUGAAAGGUCUGGCAGGGCACCAAGCUGGAGCCCAGAGGAAGGGGUGUCACCACUGUGUGCCUACCGAGUGAUUGAGGGCGGCAUUGGGGGGCAGCUGUGUUUUCGAGACACACUGUUUGGGUACAAGUGUCACAAGGGAGACUGCAGGACAGUGGUGUCUUUCAGGAAUCUGGUGGCAAAUAUUCUUAUCAAUGGCAGCGUACUGUUACAGUGGACCCAUGAGGGAGAAUCCACGACGACUGGCCGAGGUAUAAAGACAGAAGAGACUGCAGCUGGUCAGAAGAGCAGUGGGGAUCCUGGGACAAAUUUAACAAGAGAGGAAACACAACGAUCAAACACUGUUUUAAGUGGCCGACGCCACAGACGUGGAGGCUAUGAGUUAAGCUGCUGGUGGAAUGGAAGCUAUACUCAGUUUGAGUGUGCUGGUGUCCAUCUUGGAUCUGGCUGCAGGGACUUUCUCCUGACCGAGCUGCAUGAGAACAUCCCGUACCGACUCUGCCUGCGUUCCCUGCCCCGCUCUGAUCCAGCUCAGAGAGCAGACCACCAGGACUGUGUAGAGUUUACCCUGCCGCCAUCUGGGAUGCAGGACAUUGUGAUUGCCAUGACAACGGUGGGGGGAGCUAUUUGUGUGAUGCUGGUCAUCAUUUGCUUGCUGGUGGCAUAUAUCACAGAAAACAUAAUGAGCCCCACAACACAACACACAUACUCCUAUCGCACUCACUCGCGUCACUGAUGCACUGCUAAAUAAAUAAAAUGUCCUACAUUUAACAUAGUCACUCAUUGUCUGAAAUAAUUAUUUUUCAAUCAGCCACAUAAUAUGAUAUAUACAUCCUGUUAUGACUGAAUUGAAGCACAAUCUACUAUGGCUCUGCAAAUAACAUGCCUUGUCAACCUCUGCGAGGAUGCACUGAACCAAAAGUACUGAUAACCUACGUUUAGUAAAUACAGUAGUUUACUGUGUUUUGUUUUUGUUCAAGGUUGUCUGUGAAUAAGUCUGUCAAUGUGUGUGCUGGCAGCAUUUACACAGCAAUACAAUUAAUGAAAUGGCUUUGAGUACAUCAGAAAGAGCAGUUUUGCUAAAUGUGCACCCUGUGAAAGAGUCCUGACAGGUCCUGUCCUUGUUGGGUCACAGACGUAACUGAAUCACAUUUUUCCACUUGACCAAAUCGUCUCACCAUCUUGUUUUGCUUUUAGCUCUGCAUACAGUAUGUACUUGUACCAUUUUGUGAAGGGCAAUACAAUCUGGUGUACAAUCUCCAAAUACUGUGCCAAAGUUAGGACGAGUUAAAAUGCCUUCAUGUCCAGCUGUCA